AUUUAAUGUCUAGGAGAUACGAUUAAAAGACUAAUACUUUUACUCCAGAUGGUAGAUUAAAAUAAGUUGAAUAUGCAAUUGAAGCAAUUAAUUAAACAGGCUCAGCACUUGGAGUAUUAACUAAUGAGGGAAUGAUAUUGGCUACAGAAAAAUAAGAAGUAUCACAUUUAUUAGAAAAUUCAAAAAAUUCUGAGAAAAUAUAUCCAAUUGAUAGACAUAUCUUCUCAGUUGUAUCAGGUCAUACAGCUGAUGCAAAUAUUUUAAUUAAUUAUGCUAGAGAGGCUGCUGCUAAUCAUAGGUAAAAUAUAAAUUAAAUUUUAGAUAUUAGUUUUAAGAUAAUAUUGGUUUAGAAUAAUUGAUAAUAAAUAUAUGCGAUUAUAAAUAAAAUAAAACUUAAGUAGGUGGAUAAAGACCUUUUGGAACAGCUUUCUUAUUUGCAGGUUAUGAUAAUAAAAAUGGUUUUUAAUUAUUUAGUACUGAUCCAUCAGGUAAUUAUGCAGGUUGGAAAGCUACUGCAAUUGGAAAAAAUAAUUUAGCUGCAAAUAGCUAUUUAAAAUAAGAUUAUAAAGAAAAUUUAACAUUAGAAUAAGUAAUAUAUAAUUAUUAGAAUUUAUUAGGGAUUAGAUAUUGCAAUUAAAGCAUUAGUGAAAACUAUGGAUACAUCAUCUCCUUAGCCUUCUAAAAUAGAGAUUGUUGUUAUCAGUUAAUAAGGAAAAGAAGUUAAGAGUAAAACCUAUAAUGAAAAAGAAGUUUUGAAUUUGCUUUAAAAAAAUGGGUUUAGUAAUGAAUAAAUGUAACAAGAAUGAUAUAAACAAAUUUGUUUUUAAAAUAAGUAGUCAAACC